UCCUCCAGAGCAUGGAUAUCCCGGUGUGAUAUUGGGAGGAAAGAGAGAGCACCUAGGCAGAAGUCAGGGUAUCUGGCUUUGGCCUCAGGUCCUGGCUUGUGACCUCGGAGGCACCCCUUAUGCACCCCCACAUCGUCUCCAUUUGCUCCUCAAAUUGGCACCCCAGGGGCUCUGAGAACUGUCCUUUGAUGGCUCGUGGUUCAGAACAAUUCCAGGAAGCGCCCAGUGAGAAAGUAGGUCACACAGUGGUGGAGUGUGAGACUCUGAACUCUACCGCACUGACCACUGACCCCGGACUGGGACUGAGGCUGAGGGCUGACGGCUAGGACCUCCGGGCUCCAACUUUGCCCAGGCCUUGGAGCAGCAACCAGAACCUGUAAGAGACAGAACUGGCCUCGACGGACCGAGACUGCUUCGUUCACCCAGACAGGGAUCCCAGCCUCCCACGGGGUUGGCUGACCACAGACGGGCUUGGGGACAGCUACGAUAGUCGUAUAGAUAUACACAGCCCACCAGGAAGUCACUGAUGUCCUUGUGGUUUGACUGAGAACAGAGUGACUGGUUUUUGCUACCAGAGCAGGUCUCUCUCUGUAGCUCACAGAAAUCUGGAACUCACAGAAAUCCAACCUGCCUCUGCCUCCCGAGUGCUGGGAUUAAAGGUGUGCGCCACCACACCUGUGAGUCACUACAGAAAUCCGCUGACAUGGCCUGUACCUGCUCCAUGUGAGGCCUGGGCCUCAUGCCCUGCACUGAAACAAGCCGACGACUUAGGGACCCUGGAACUGAGGCAGAGGGAUCUUAAUGUAUUGACUGACUUUUUGAGAAGUGUCUCAUUGCCCAGACUAGCCUCGUGCUCCCUAUGUAGCCAAGGCUGCCCUUGAACUCGAUCCUCCUGCCUCCACCUCCCCAUCACUGGGAUGACGGGUGUGCCCUACCAUGCCUGUUUUGUGGGGUUCUGGGGCUGGAACCCAGGCCUUGCACUCGCUGGACAAGUGCUCGGCUCACUGAGCCCAGCCCCGGGCUCCCUCAUCUGGCACUCAUUCCUUGCUGUCCCUCUGUCCUACACUCUGCUGUGGCUCUUCCUCUGUCCUCUGUAGUAUCUUUCAGAGAGAUUUUCACUCCCAUGAACCCAGUCUCUACAUCCACAGAUGGAUGCAUACUUCCUUUUUUGAUGUAGAAUGCUUUGGGGAAACUGAGGCACGGGGUGGAAGGAACUGGACCCUCUUUCCCCACAGCCUGAAACACAGGAUGUAGGUCUGCCUGCCCUCUGUGUUUCUCCGCCCCCCAUGUCACCUCAGUGGGGGUGGAGUGGACGCUGUGACAGGAAGAGUGUGUGUGGGGGCUGGGCGAGCCGGGUGCAGCAGGGCGGGCCUGGGACCUGGAUGGCUCAGGGAUGGGCUCUCCUGGCUGGACAUUCAUCCUGCUGCAGCUCUGGGGCCUGCAGGGAGCUGUGAGCCUGAGUGUGCAGCAGUGGCCCCCGUGCGUGAAUGUGACACAAGGCGGCGAGAUGUCACUGUUCUGCGGGGUGAAGCAGAGUCAGUCCUGGGAGAGGCUGCGUGUGGAGUGGGCCCGGAACAACGUCGUUUUUUGCCACCUGCUCAUCUCCAAUGGCAGCCUCAACCCUGAAGACUGCAAGUUUCGGGGACAGCUGUCCUGGUGGCCACCCGCAAACUUCAGCCUGCGGCUGGACCACGUGAGCCUUAAUGACAGCGGGGACUACGUGUGCCGGGCCACCCUGGAGAUCCCCAAGUUGCAGAAGGCCAAGGGCAACGGGACCGCAGUCAAUGUAAAAGCAGGUGGCCUCCAGCUGCAGGAGACCCCCCGCCCUUCAGGGCUCCUGUUGGCGCUUCUGGUGGCUGGGGGUGUGGUGGCAGCCUUGGUGGUGCUGGGUGCUGUGUUGUGGGGUCUCAGCAGGUGUCGUCGGGAGGACUCGGGGGAGAGCACCUGCCCAGAAAAUUCUUUCUACAGCAAUGUCCUCUACCGGCCCCGGGAGGGUCCACGCAGGCUUCAGGACCUGCCUAAGGAGAAGGACACAGCCAGGGACCAGAGAGCCCAGGCCAUCUAUCUCCCCACCUUCCCCAAGCCUGCCCCGCGCCAGCAGCUUCCCGUCAACAAACCCAGCCCCAGGCCCAGGCCCGGCCACACCAUCUCUGCCCACUGUGAGUCUCUCGCGAGCCCCAGGAGGUAGGGACAGGCCACAUGCCAAGAGGGAUCCUGGAAGUCGAAAGAGGCUUUGGAGACCCCUAAGAACCCAAAAUGGACCUGGACAAGAGCUCUGUGAGGGCGUCGCUGUUUCUAUAAGGAGAGGGGGCGUCCGACAGCUCCAGGCUGAGAUCAAUGACAUGACCCAGGGACUGUUAAUAAAGGCUCCU